AUGAGUGGGACUACAACCGAACAAGAACAGACACAAAAACCCAAACCUAAUUAUAGCUCUGCUUUACCUACAAAAUCUAUUCUCACACAUUCUUCGCGUAGUCGAUUCCGAGGUGGUAAAUCUACCGCACAAAAUCACGAGUUGUGCGAUUCUUGUCAUGGGGCGGGACACUUGAUUUGUUGCGACGGGUGUCCUAGAGCUUUUCAUUUUUUAUGCGUUAAUCCGCCUCUCGACUACAAUCACCCUCCUGAGGGAAACUGGUAUUGCGUCGUGUGCAGUGUUGAAAGGAAUCCUCCUCCGAAAGCACCGCCUGGUCUCUUUUCUGAACUUUUUGAUCAUGUGCGUAGGAUUAACCCUGUUCAAUUUGAAUUACCCACAUGGAUUAAAGAUUCAUUUGAAGGAGUUACAACCGAACCUACGGGGCAUUAUCCUGACUACACGCAAUUACAAGAUGAAAAAGGCAAUUAUAUUUAUUGUCAUUGGUGCCGCAAACCUCCCUCGCGCCAAAAACCUGCGAUCCCUUGCGAUUAUUGUCCAAUGUAUUGGCAUUUGGAUUGUUUAGACCCACCAUUAGUCAAACGUCCUAGCCUAUAUAAAAAAUGGAUGUGUCCAUGUCAUGUUGAUCAUCUCCUACCAAAGGUUCGACGAUUAAAGAAUUCAAAGGAUGAUUUAACGGAAAUUUUAGGAACAGAUAAUACAGCAUUAACCUUUGAGACGGGAGAAUAUGAUGAAAAUGGAAAAUAUAUUAUACCAGAAAUAUUACGAGAACAGAUGAAAGCAAGAGCAGCAGCCAGAAAUUCAGAUUGGGAUCCUUUAGGCUAUCCUGUUUCAGAUAACGAAGAUGAUGGGUUCGAAAACGGUGUUUCCGUUGAGAAUGUAACAGAACUUAACGAUGAUGAAGAUAUUGGUGGCGAUUUGUCAGAUGGAGUAUCAGAAUUGACAGACAUAUCAGAUAUUCAGUCGAUAAUAAGCGAUUUAUCAGAUACGAAACCCGAAGAUAGAAAACCUGAAGAAUCAAACAGCGAAAACGUUGGCACUAGAGUGGUCAGUGUUCGAAGUUCUCAGGAAAAGAAGAGGAAUUGUAAGGACCGCGGAGACGAUUGUGAUGACAAUCAUAAUGAUGAAGAAGGGGCUGGCAAGAAACGAAGGAAGAUGUCUGAUAAGGGAACCGACAAUUUAUGGCUUUUGGUUAAUGCUGCCUUGCCAUAA